CCUCUCCAGUCCGUGAAAAAUCCAAUGGGGACAUUGAUAAGAGAGUAUUUUUAGGAAAAGAGUCCAAAUAUUCAGGGUACGAGUGAAUGCGUGGGGAGGGGGGAAAAGUUGUGGGUUGUAGAAGUUAUCAAGUGGGAUUUGCGGCGCUCUCUGCAGGAAACCAAAGCGGCUCCAGUUCAAAGCCACAUGCACCAACGUGACAUAUAAGCCAUUAAAAUAUCAUCCUGACGGCUCAUUUCUGCUUCAUCAUACAUUCCUAACUGCUUCCCGAAAGCUGGAAAAAGAGAAAUGAAGGAUGACUGCCUCACUGGAACCACAAAAGAGAGGCUUGGAGGGGUGUAUGGUCCCCCCUCAGCCACCCCAAAGUGAUGUGCAGAAAUGAGGCGAUCCCAGCAACAGGUGGAGCGAGGCUCAAAGUAAGAAAAUGAGAUACAAGACUUCUCUGGUGAUGAGGAAACGAUUAAGACUUUACCGAAAUGCUCUGAAAGAGUCAAGUAGUAGCUUCGGACACCAUGGCCCCCAGCUUGGUGCAGCCUCCAGCCCCUCGGUGUUCCCUGGCCUUCAAGAACAACCUCCCCAGGCCUCCUCCAGCAGCACUUUGAACGGACUCCUGCGUCUGGGGCUCCCCGGAGAAAUGUACGCGCGGCCCGAACCCUUCGCGCCGGGACCCGUAGCCCGCAGCGAUGCCCUGGCCGCUGCAGCGGCCCUGCACAGCUACGGGAGCAUGAACCUGACCGUGAACCUCGCAGCACCCCACGGUCCCGGCGCCUUCUUCCGCUACAUGCGCCAGCCCAUCAAACAGGAGCUCAUCUGCAAGUGGCUGGCUGCGGAGGGCCCCGCGCCCCGACUCCUCUGCUCCAAAACUUUCAGCACCAUGCACGAGCUGGUCACGCACGUCACAGUGGAGCACGUCGGCGGCCCGGAGCAGGCCAACCACAUCUGCUUCUGGGAGGAGUGUGCGCGCCAGGGCAAGCCCUUUAAAGCCAAAUACAAACUUGUAAAUCACAUCCGCGUGCAUACGGGCGAGAAGCCCUUUCCCUGUCCUUUCCCGGGGUGUGGGAAGGUCUUUGCUAGAUCAGAAAAUCUCAAAAUACACAAAAGAACUCACACAGGGGAGAAGCCCUUCAGGUGCGAGUUCGAGGGCUGCGAGCGGCGCUUCGCCAACAGCAGCGACCGCAAGAAGCACUCACACGUGCACACGAGCGACAAGCCAUACACGUGCAAAGUACGCGGCUGCGACAAGUGCUACACGCACCCCAGCUCACUUCGUAAACACAUGAAAGUGCACGGGCGCUCACCGCCGCCUCCGAGCUCUGGUUUCGACUCGGCCACGACAUCCACCUUGGUGUCUCCUUCCUCGGACUUCGGCCGUGAACUCCCGGUGGCCUCCUCGGUGGCGGUGGCGGCCCGUGGCGCGGAACUGAGCGAAUGAUGUCCACCUCCUUGCUCGCAAGGUAAUCUGGCCCAGCGCAGCUGAGAGCCCGCAUCUCACGCUUGCGACAUCAAAGGGCCCGCGCACAAAGCAAUGUUUCUUCGCCACGGUGCAUCUUCAUGGUAAGUUAGGAUUUCUAUGGCAAUGGGCAAGUCGCACUGAAAUCCUGAAAGGCCGAGCCUGGAGCCCGUCCAGGCUUUUCAUUAAGGACAUAAUAUUUACGUCUAACAGGCCUUUUUUCUUGUGUAUACAA